GAAUGGGAAGCAAUGGGAGUGGAGCAACUGCGUCUCAGCACCGUGGACCUAACUGGGGUCCCCACCUUGGAAAACCUCCACAAGGGUGUGGAAUUCAUACUGAAACACCGAGCCUGCGGUAACAGCGUCUAUGUGCACUGCAAGGCCGGGCGCUCCCGCAGUGCCACCAUGGUGGCAGCGUAUUUAAUUCAACUGCAUCACUGGAGCCCUCGGGAAGCAAUAGAGGCUAUUGCCAAGAUCCGUCCCCACAUCCUCGUUCGCCACAAGCAGGUCCAGGUACUGGAGACAUUUCACAGGAACAUGAUCACUGGGACAACUGCAUAGUGUCAGUAA